AUACAACUGAAUCUUGCUGAACAGAAAGUAAAACUGAGUGAGCUGACGUAGAAAACAACUCCUUUUCGACGAGCUACAGAUCUUUGUGGGGCCUAAACAACACCCUCCAUCAGCCACAUCCUUGAAUCAGGAUGUCAGUGCAGUUCUCAGGGUGGGAGGUGGUCGACGAUGGUGCCUCUUUCCCAGGUGUGAUGCUGGGACCGUCACAGACGCCUCAAAACAGGGGCGUGUACACUAUGUACCAUGGGACCCGUGUUUCCAGCGCACGGCUCAUCAUUGCUAAUGGUUUUAAACAAUCGGCAGGCGGCACGCUGGGACAGGGAGUGUAUGUCAGUCGUGAUAAGAAAAAGGCAGAUAGUUACCCAGCAUUCUGUAGCCCCUCAGACCGUGUGGUUCUUGAGCUACGUGUGCGUGUUGGCCGUGUCAAAUGUAUUGACCAGCCCAGUCAUCCUUUGAAAUUAACUUGGCAUGCGCAUGGCUAUGACACUGCCUGGUUGCCACCCAAGUUUGGCCUAGAGGAAGAUUGUGUGUUUGAUCCCAAUAGAGUGAAGGUGGUGGGCAUCGCAAACGCACCCAGCACUGCCAUACAGACAGAACUGCAGCAGCUCCUGGCAAAAACACCCAAGAGUCCUGAGAGAAGCGGAGCUGGUGCUGCAGAUGUGUGUUCCCUGUGUAAGAGGAAAACCCAGCAAGGCUCUCAGCACGUCAAGCAACAAUGCUGGAAGUGUGGGCAAAACAUCUGUAUUCUCAUGUCCAAGCAUUUCUGUGCAGUGCAACCCUGACAUGGGAUUGAAGAAGAAGACGGCUAAAGAAAUGGAGUGGAAAUAUUACACAAAGGUGCUGGAAACAGAGUGGAGGCAAAAAUAAAACUGAAAUUAACUGGA